AUGUGCACCGAUUUAACCGUUCCGGAUUCAGUGGAGGAUCGUCCGAUAAGCAGUGGCAAGGAAGGCAAUUGUCCCCAUUCACCUCCGUUGGGUUACCCACCUCUAAUCAAUCCCUCCAACCGCUUGCGACAUACACUUAAUUCGUUUGAUCUUUCCUCGUAUUGGCGUUUGUACGAGCCAAACGAAGUAACCACAUUAAGUCAGCCUGCCAUGUCCCGCAGUCGUUUUCCACUGAUCGGUAUGACCGAACCGGAUAGUGAGAGUAAUCCUUCCGCCCCGGGUAGUGAUCGUGACUCACCCACUGCCGGCUUCAAUCUUAUCGUGCAGUCUGACUCGGCAUCAAAUCCUGCCGAUGGUCUCGAUGAUUUUCCUUUCACCAAUUCUGACGUAACUUCUGCCACAGCCACCAUUUUGGCCGGUUUGUUAUCUGUGACUGGAGAUCGGCUAGCUCUACCCUGUCAGACUAGUGGAAGCGAACGCGGAUAUGGUCGUGGACGAUAUUCUUAUCACUGGCUCAGGCAGCGUGCGUCUCCACUACUCGAAGCCGCGGAUGAGUUGACUCAUGCUAAUGCUCCAGAUGCUUGUUGGGAUGCGGACGACAGAGAUGAUACUCGAGACAUCGUCCCCUCGUCCACAUUCUUUGAGUUCGGUGUUGCGGAUCGUGACGAAGAUGGUGAGGAAGAUCCAGAGGAAGAGGAGGAUGACGAUUUGGACGGUGAGGAGGAUGACGAUGAUGGAGAUUCCGUGGAUACUAAAGGGGCGUACACAUGUGGACCUGACGAUGAUGACAGUUUGGCUGACCUCGAGGACUAUUUGUUUUUCCAUCGCACCGCAGACCUUCUGUUUGGUCCCCCGAUCGCUCCAAUCUAUCCGUCUUGUCCUUAUUCGUACUCUGAUCGCAGUCUUGGUGCGGACAACUGGCGCUCUGAAUUUGAGGUGGAUUUCGGGAUCACCAGGAGUCGUGAGCGGCGGAAAGACACUUCUUCAAAAAAUCAGAAUGGCACCGCCUGGCAUCAAGAGUGUACACAAUUAGCUGAAAAAGUUCAAGAUCUCAAGACUCGUAUGCGAGAGGCUCGUGUUCGUCGCCAGAGUCGUCAAAGAAGAAGCUGUCAAGGACGGGAACCCAGUACCGUUGAAACGUCAAAUAAGGAAAACAUUCACUCUGAACCUGAGCAAUGUUCUACCUCUAAACAUGCUUCCUCGAGCACGGAAGGUUCCCGUCUGGUUAAUCCGGAAACUGAACCGAUCAUCGACUUCAGCGGAUUACCAUCUAUCAGUGCCCGUCGAGCUGGUUCCCUCGUUUCUCAACCCACGUCCCAUACCAAUGACUUAGCCCCUUCAGACUUGAUCGCACAAAAAGGAUCUCCAGUACCAUACAGCUCAUCAUCUUCCACCCUUGCCUCAAACGUGACAAAGCCACCAUCUGCACCUUCUCCUCGCUCAUCUCAACAGCGCUCAAGACACGGAAUUUCACAAGCAAUCCAGUUUCUUCCCAACCUGAUAGGCGCUGCUGUUCCCAACCAAUCCUCAAGUUCGACUCGCCUGCUAUCCGCUGAUGACGGUCGAGCCCGUGUUUCUUCACGCCUUGGCAGCAGUGGUGGACACUCAUCCACCCCGAAAACAUCUGCGGGAAGGCAAGAAGGUCAAGUUGUGCUUCGACCUUUAGCCGCACCACCAGCUCCAGGGAAAACCGACACACUCCCAAACAAUCCCCGCUCUCCACUAAAACCUCAUUCACCGAAUAGCGUACGACGCAAACGCUGUGCUCUUUGCUUGAGGAAAAUUGGGAUCGUGAAUAGCUACUCUUGUCGAUGUGGCCGAAACUUCUGUUCCCGUCAUCGAUAUGCGGAGGUGCAUGCAUGCCCGUUUGACUACAAAGCAGAAGCCCGACGUACGCUGAUCGACUCAAACCCUGUGGUCACUGCACCUAAACUACCGAAAAUCUGA